UACACGAUCUCGCGUCAUAAAUUAUCUCGCGUGAGCAGCAACUUGUUCCGGUUUGGGAACAUACAUGAUCGCAAGGCGUUUAUAGUUAUACAUUGAGACCACUGAUCCUCGACGGAAUACUAGAACCGUUGUAAUUAAAGAGCCCCUUGAGACGCGGUGUGACCUCUGACCCCCCUCCAGGCUAGAUGAAGGCACUAGGGUUAUAGUAGGGUUGAUGACAAGGUGAAGAUAGUCACAGCUGUAAGGUCAUCUGGCAGGCAGGGAGAGCAUGAACCUGUGGCGUGUGGUGGUAUGUUUGGUGGCGGCCUGGGUGCUGAUCCUAGUCUACCUCAGCACUAUGGUGAUGCAGCCCAGUGACACAGGGGACAAGAUGGAGAGACAGCUGACUAAGGCAAUGGAAGAAAUUCUACUGCUUAAAAAACAGAACUUAGAACUACAGAGGUUGACCAAUGAACUCAGGGAUGUAAGGCUGGUGGUUGGAGUAGGUGGUGAGAAUAGUGCUGCAGUCAAAUUACUACAGAAUAAAUUAAAUGAAGCCAAUAGAGAAAUAAGACAGCUAAAUCUUCAGAUGGGAGACAAAGCACCUCUAAAUCAAGCUGAGGGUGAUGCUGUUGCUGGCAGUAAAAUUCUGUCAGACGGUCCUAGUGCCGAACACGAAAAACUGCGAAGAAAACUUUACAACGGUGUGACAGAGUUGUGGUACUUCAUACGCUCCGAGUUAAAGAAAAUAAAAAAUGUUGCUAAGGAUAAUAGACAGUUAAACACAAAAGUGAAUGACUUAUUAGAUGAUGCAGGGCAUCAAGAAAGGUCCAUACUAACAGAUUUGCAUAGUUUAAGCCAAAUUGAUGGAGCAGAAGAUUGGAGGAAAAAGGAAGCCAAAGAUUUAGAAGCACUUGUACAACGACGAUUUCAUUAUUUGCAGAAUCCCAAAGACUGCCAAAAUGCCAAGAAGCUGAUCUGUAAUGUCAAUAAAGGCUGUGGCUUUGGCUGCCAGAUCCACCAUGUCGCAUACUGUUUUAUUCUUGCGUAUGCCACUGAACGUACCAUGAUCCUCCAGUCCAGUGGCUGGCGGUAUUCUAGCGGGGGAUGGGAGAAAGUGUUCAUGCCUGUGAGUGACAGCUGUCGGAACGCGGCUGCAAAAUCCUCCAGAGGCUGGGGACGUAAGUACACUGGAAAUAAAUAGGUUGCAUGUGUUUGU